CUACCCAGCCACUCGAUCUCCCCCUUUGUUUGGGCCUGUGUCUGUACCUUCCUCUACCUUUCUAAAUAUUUCAAACCUAACUCGCUUUCAGUGUCUGGUUGCAGUCUGUAGAGAAACAGCAGUCAGAAACAACAAUGGGCCAGCUUGUGUCUUCCCUGGGGCUCUUCUGCCAGGUCAAUGCAUUCGCCUGCCUGCUGCUCUGCUACCUGCUCUACAUUCUGCUGGGUGCCGUGGUGUUCACAGCGGUGGAGAGGCCACUGGAGAAACGGCUGCGAGCCGAGCUGGAGGAUGUGCAUGGCUCCUUCCUGCAGGAGAACCUCUGCGUGCAGCCGGGCCGGCUGAGCCAGCUGCUGGAGAAAGCUCUCGCUGCUCACCAGGACGACCUGGCUGUUCUAAAGGCCGAGGCUGAGGACGCAGGCUACGACUUCACAUCGUCACUCUACUUUGUCAUUGUCACUCUGACCACCAUGGGUUCUGACUCUUACACCCCCAAAUCAGACAAAGCCAAGCUUUUCUGCAUCUUCUACUGCGCCGUGGGGAUCCCCCUCACCCUGUUCCUCCUCACCCUACUGUCCAACUUCCUCCUUGUGGUCACCCACGCUCCUGUCCAUCACCUGCACACAUACUGGGGUUGGUCCUACAGCCGGGCCGUCAUGCUCAAUGCCGCUCUCCUCUCUGUGCUUGUCCUGUCCCUCCUCUUUCUCUUCCCUGCCCUACUGGUCUGUCUGCUGGAGCCAGACUGGAGCUUCCUGGAUGCUCUUUUCUUCUGCUUUGUCAUCCUGAGCACCGUCGGCCAAGGAGAAAACUCUCUGGGGAGAACCUGGGGCCCUGCAGCCAAGGAGACGCUCCAACUCCUCACCACAUGUUACCUUCUGGUGGGCCUGGUGGCGAUCAUUACCCUCAGGGAAACUGUCCUGCAGGUUCCCCUGGUCCGUGCUGUGAUGAGGUUCUUCUCUGCUCCGCAGUAUGCAGAGCUGGAAGGUGAUCUCAGUGAACUGACGCUGAGUGAGGAAAACUGUGAGGAUGAGCCUGAGUACUCUCAGUCCAUCUGCACCAUUUCCUCCACUCCAUUAGAGCUGAUGAGCCCUCAGUCAGACAAAACCACAAACACCUGACAUUCACACAGGACACCAAACGGUCCAAGCCAUCAGCUAUUAACUUAAAACUUGUUUGAGUCAGAAGUGUUUUUGUUUUUAUUAGUGUGGUAAAAAGUGUAUAUGCAAAUCUCUCGGCAAUUGUCCACACUGUCAAUAUUUGCUCUGUCCAGUUCCCAGUAUCUAGGGGAACUUAUCAGUGCUGCCCUCUUUUGCUGCUAAUAUAUCCCU